AUGUCCAAACUUAUCGUCGUCCUUGGGGCCACCGGUGGCCAAGGCGGCUCAGUCGUAAACACCUUCCUGUCCGCGCCCGGCUGGCGCGGCGUCCAAGUCGUCGAAGCAAACACCGACGACGAGCCUAGCCUCGAGCGUGCCUUCGCCGGCGCUCACGCCAUCUUCGCCUUCACGGACUACUACGACUACUUCUUCGACAUCGGGCCGGACAAGUCCAUUGCGCGCGAGACCGCCCAGGGUACGAAUAUCGCGCGCGCCGCGGCCAAGAUACCUUCGCUGGAACGGUUCGUUUGGAGUACGCUGCCGAAUACGGAGCUGUACACGCAGGGCGCUGCGGUCGUGCCGCAUUUCCAGGGGAAGGCGAACGUCGAUGUCUUUAUCAAGAGCAAACUUCCUGGGUUGUAUCAGAAGACGGCGUUUGUGGUUUUUACUAUUUUUGCCGCCAAUGUGCUCUUGUACGAGAUCUUUCGGCCCGUGUAUCUGGAAACGGCCCAGAAAUGGAUCCAGUUCUACCCAGCCCCGCCAGAGACCCCCUACCCCUCGAUGGGUGACCACCGGGUCAACACCGGAAUCUUCGUGCACGCGGUGGUCACCAACCCGCCAGCAGCAGGCAGCUACGUACACUGCAAUGUGGAGGACCUAACGCUGGCCAAAUACCUCGCAGCAUGGGGCCGCGCUAGCAAAGUCAGCCCGGAGCCGGAGUCGACCAUGGUCGUCCAGCUGUCGAUGGAGCAGUACUGCGCGCUGUGGCCGCUGAUGGGCGAGGAGCAGGCGAGCCAGUGGCGGUUCUUCGGGUUUCUGCGCGAGGCCGGGGUUGAUCUGUAUAACAUGCCGGAUUUCCCUGUUGUGCGGGCACAGAAUUUGAUGAGUGAGGAGGCGAAGGCUGCGCUUGUUCUGACAGAGGAAUCCCUCGCGCGUAUGGAUUGGUCGUUCUUUUUCUCUGCUGAGAAGACGCGACUUUAA